CUGCCGCCAGUUUUUAUGACUGGGAUUUCUAUCGAUGAUUUGUACCUAGCUCCAGAGCACUCCAACAACUUUGCGUCCGAAAAGACAUGCAUUUUCAGCCUGGCUGCCACAUUGUGGUCAGCGGCUGACUGGCGGUUGACAGAGGCAGAAAAGCCGUUUUUAAGUUCAAAAUUCCAAGAGCUGCUGGUAUCCAUGACAGACGAUGCCCCGGAUGCCAGACCGUGCUUAUACGAUGUACUAAAAACAUGCGAGUCUUUACAGAUCGAAAAUGAUAUGACGUCACGGGAGAGAUGUCAGGCUUUGCUAUGGGAAUACCAAGCUUCUGCAGCCAUGGACAGCGAUGACACCACUAAGAGGAAGACAGUGGAAGGAGAAAAGAAGCAUCAUGACACACUGAUGGGAUCCAUCUCUGUGGCCGCUUCAUUCAAAGGCUUUCUCAAACAAACAACAAAACCGCAAGAACGAAAUCCUUUUGUAAAGACUCAAAAUAAUGGAGAAUCGUUCCGUAACCUCGAUGGCGGAAAUUCUGGAGAUAAAAGAAACGAAACAAUUCCUAAACCAGAAGAAAUGAAAACGGAAAAAACUAAAGUCAUUGUAAACUCACCAAUGUCAGAAGCCACCUCCAGAAACUCAUUGAACAGCGAAAACGAUCGACUUGCGUCUGAUUCAUUAAACGACAGGUCGUCAGACACUGGUGAUGACAUCAGUGAUCAGGAUCGCACGAGAGACCGAAAGAGAGGCCAUUCCUUGACAGAAGACGAAAAACAACAACUCUUGUCUCUUUUAGCAUCAACAAAGUUAAACAAAGGCCCAUUUUAUACCGGAGAAAACGAUAAAAAAAGUGACGAAAUAAUUAAGUCUGUAGAGGAUCAGUCAACCAAGCCACCGUCACCUUCCUUAUUUGCUUAUCCACACUACGGCCAAACUGAGAGUCAGAUGAUGUUCAACCCUAUCAUACCCGCCGGUCGUUCUGCUUCUCCGAGCGUACACUCUGAUGUAAGCGAAAAUCAGAUUCCUUCCGUACCCACUCCCACCUUUGUACCCAUUGCUGUCCCUAUUCCCAGCGUAGCUCCUGUACCAAUGCCCCCUUACUGGUACGUGCCUCAGGGAGGGAUGAUGUCCUUUCCUCACCCAGCGAUGUCCCCGGUGCCUUUUCAUCCAGUUGACUCUUCAGUAACUUCCAAUCAGUCAGCGGUGUCAACAGAUAGUGACGUCAGCAACUUAUCUGACGUGGAUCCUCGACCAAAGAACAAAAACUGCGCCACACAAAAGUCUGAUAAAUCCGAAGGUUUAAAGGCAGAUACACAAAAGAAUAACAAGGGAUGUAAACAAAGCAAACAAGAUAACAAGGCAUCCAAACUUCCUCGUCCCAUCUGGCAGAGGCCUGUUCCCAAGAGCAGGACAACCUCAGAGGAACUGGAAUCGAACGCCAAAGUUGUUCGACGAAGGGUACCGUUUAACGAUGAAUUCAAUGAGGGUAGUGAGGGGACGAAACCAGUGCGUGCAAGAACUCCAUCUCCAUCCCUUGGGAGACGAGCGGCUCCUCAGGAAGUCAAUCCUCCUCGCUCUCAAACGCCUCCAGUGUAUUGGACUAAAGAUGGAGUAGACAUGUCACCCCGUAAUAAACCUCGAGCACGAGCAUCAACAGGCUCUUUCCCAAACCGUCCCCCAAGUCCAUCUAGCUUACUGGAUGGACGUAGGAGGUCAAGUUCAGCUACUCUAGGAUCAAUAACAAACAGUCCAGUGCAAGGACGUAAGAAUCAAGGAAGCAGGCCAUCUAGUCCCGCCGGAUCGCGAUCUAAUAGUCCCGUUUCAAUGCUUGUGUCGAAGUUUGAGCAAAUGUCUCAAGAGUCUGCAGAUAGCUCUCCGCGCGUUCGCUCAAACUCCGUGACGUCCAUGAUUUCAAGGUUUGGUUCCUCGUCCUUAGUGCCUGAGGAUCGUCUUGCCAAAGGGCAGUUUAAGCCACACAAUUCUACAACACCCAAGCAGCCAGCUUCGAAGACUGGUCCUUUUCGUCCGUCGUCGGUUCGUAGCAAAGUUCACUCUGCCUCAGAUAUUGAAACGUCAAUUCUGCGAUCGGAUAAUUCUAUUUUAUCACAAGAAACGGGCAAGGGAAGCGACGCAUCAAAGGACGAGUCAUCAACCCGUCACCCUGGCAACCCACGUGAAGUACAGCGUAGUGGGUCAGACCCAGGCUCUACCGACAGCCGAGAACGUCGCGUCUCAUCUUCUCACUGUAUGCUCCAGGAAGAGAAAGAAUCAACUUCAGAAAAAUGUCAUGAUUCAAGAACAAGGCUAUUGGAAAACAUUAGAAAAUGGACAUCUCAGGAGAAUAUUUUAAGAGACUGCAGUUCAUCUGAGGCUCUGGAAGACAACGCUCAAGAACGUUUAGCAUCUGGUCUCUCUCUAUUUAGCGAUUAUUGUACUAAAAGAGAUCAAGGUGAUCAAAAAGACAAUCCUAAAGCACGGCUUCAAGGAAGUUCCUCUGGGAAAUCGAAGUCAUCCACUUAUUCUGGGAGAUCGUCAUCCAGUAAUGAUCUCAGGAAUGACUAUAUUAUCAAAUCAGGCAACGUAACGCACAAUUUAUCAAAACCCUGGCAGGACAAAGACAGUUCUUUAAACGGGAUUUCCAUAAAAUCGUCUCUAGAUUCAGAGCCUGUGCGCGAGAAAGGUUCCCCACGAUUAAGACCGAGGGACCUUUGUUUAUCACCAGAGAGAGACUCUUCUGUCCCAUUUUGCGAUGUCAGGAGUCCUAACGAUCUCCUCUGGUCUCCAAGAUCUGAUACUCAUCAGUUUGAGAUCCCUGUGGACUUGGCAGUUUUAGACGCCACAACCCCCAUCGUUUCCAGUCCACCAGCUUCUGUGGGUGGACUCGAUUGGACGUAUGGUGGAGUAGAUGGAAAUGUUAUUUCUCCUCCUUUUCCUCUUAGUCCAGGAUCAUUGAAGGAUUUCAAGCCAUCAAAUUAUUUCACAAGUGUUACAUUCAAAUGUGGAGAGAUGGAACCUGAGAGAGAUACAAACUGUUUUCUUAACAGACCAUCUCGUGACACAACAGAAUAUGCAAGCUCUGAUUGCGUCUCUAACAGGAGAGACCCAACAGGCAAUUAUGUGAGGAGAUUCGAAAGAAAAAUUCUUCGCAGUACUGGUGAUUUGGAGACUGAGGUAUUUGCAUCUAAUUCGACCUCCGUUCAAAAGAGUUGUUAUCCAACGGAAAAUUCUAGCUUCAAAAAGGAAAUAAACGAUAAUCCACGCCCUAUUCCAAACUCACCACUUCCUUCGAAAUCAGAAAGCUCGUCAAUUAUCGCACAUGUAAAUGGGAAUCCUAAAACUCCAAGAACGAGAUCAAGAAUCGAUCAGGUUGUGAGAUCGAGACAUCCAUCCGGUGACUGUCCGCCUGGAAAAGAUAUAGCCGCUGUUUCGAAGAAUCCUUCCUCACCAAUGACUCUUAAGAAAAUCAUGUCGAAUCCUCUAUCUCAAGACGCAAGUACACCGCAACGUAGGAUUUCAACGUCGAAACGAAAUUCAUUGCCCACUUCACAACCAAUCAACCUUUCACCAGGCCGCGAUCGCUCGAGCCCGGUGGAAAACCGCACAAUCACGAAGAGCUCAUCGCAUACUUAUUUAUCACAAAAACAUCAGAAGGUCUUCAAAAGUUCUCCGCAAAAUAAUCCAUCGGUGCGUCAAUCAUCGGGAGAUUUGUCAAAGAGUUCCCCCAAAGAAGGAAAUCUUGGUAAAAGCAGUCCUUAUUCUAAACCAAUGCCGUCAAAUAAUCCUAGCCCAAAUGUGGAAGAGAGCAAGAGUAGAGGUUCUUCAACAACUGCAAAACCUGGGAAUCCAAGCCCAUCAAAAGAAAGACAUGGUGCAAAGGGACACUCUUCGAACCCCCACGCCAAAGCCAGUAGAACUGUUAACUCCACAGCCACUUCUGCUGAUCCGUCAGAAUCAAACCCAGUUAGGUACCCAUAUACGAGAAGAGGGAGCUUGCCUGCAGGGGGCAGUUCUACCAUCAAACCUUCUCCAAAAACGACCAGCAAUCCUACUUCUCCACUUCAUGUAAAGCCACCAAAAGCGCAAAUUGAGUUCUUUGGUGCUGCAGGAGCAGACAACCCACGUGGUGGGAUUAAUCCUCGAGAUUCAAACAGAAGACACGAAAAUUUAAAAGACACUCACCAAAACCCAGGGCCAAGAAGUCAGAGUGACUUCGAAAGCAAUGCUGAUUCCUCUAAAGCUCCAUCUCAAUGUGCAAAGUCAUCCUCAACAUCUGGAUUCUCUUCUCAUGAGCUCGCUUCAGAACAAAGCUCUAACUCGAUGGGUAAAACUGAAGAAUCGGAAGUAUUUUAUAUACCUCGCUCUGAUGAAACUCUCCUUAAAAGUGACACACCAUCGAGUAAAGGCAGUAAGCGAUUUCCAAGUAACUCGUCAUCUGACAGUGGAUUAAACUUGUCUGAUCCCGACGAGUCACGAGGAAGCAUCGGAAAAGGCAAAAAAAAUUAUAGGGCAAAGUCACCUCCUUCGUCCCCAACUACACUCUCUCCUUCCCAUUCACCUUCUCCGACAUCUCCGAAGUUUCCUAUAGGACACAAUAUUUUUUAUGAUCCAAAAGAUCACAAACCUCCUCUACCUUCAUCAGAGGAAGGACCGCUGAGUGUUUCACAAAACGAUCCGAAGACGUUGGCUUUUCUAUCUAACAGUAUUCAACAGGAAAAUGUCUCUAAUCCCUUUAAGGCUUCGGUAGGAAAGUCCGAGGAAUCUCCGAACAAACCGACGCGAAGUGACAAUGAUAACUUCAAACAUCUUAAAAGUGACAUGUCGAAAAUAACGGAUGGAAGUUCUCCAAACUCUGAUGAGAAAACUAACGUUUAUCCUGAAAAACCAAAGGAAGGAUCUGCUGCUGCGAAACUUGCAACCGACGGUAGAAUGAUGAAGUCCACCGCAAAAGAGUUUGAGUUGGCCUCCACACCACCUCCAGACAUUUUGGGAAGACCUGCUAGUAAAAGCCCUCCAUCUUCGUCAAGAGUUGAUUCUAAAGAGCUGCUAGGUCAACUGGUUAAGAAAGUGCUAAACUCAGCUGCUGCUAAGCAAGGGUCCUCUCCAAACACAUCAUUCGCUGAAUCAGCGGCAAAAGAAAGUGGCAAAGGAAAGAGGGUCACUUUGACUAAUGAGACAACAGAAGCUAAACAAAAAGAGAAAAUAGGUGGUCAAGGGAAAAAUCCAACGUUAAAUAGCUCUAAGCAUAAGUCAGGGCUGUCUGAUACUGAAAAAGCUACAAAGAUAAAGGAAACAGGACUUAUGAAUUCGAGUGAAACUUCUUCAACACGAAAUCCAGACGAAAUCACACCUACAGGAACACUGCGAUCGCAUCUUGGCACCUUAAGUGAAACACCGAUUUCCCCAAAUAAUGCUUCAAUACUUGAGAGUUCUUCGCGCAAGGAACAAUCGUUGCCAGGUGCAAAGGGUGUACUCUCUACGAUCAUCGACAUGAUACACGACGAAUUUGCGUUUGAUGGCUACUUGGACGAUGGAGUCGAAGAUGUCAAUAUGGCUGAGUACGUUUUAUCUUUGGCUGGAAUGAGUGAGGAAAACUUUAAAGAGGCCAUUACGGAUCAGUACAGUGACUUGUACUGGGAUGAAGACCUUUUACACGAGAUGUACGAGGCGGUCACCGAGGGACAACAGACUAGAAGGUCCACGUUGCAGUUUUCAGAGAGCACUGUCAGUGAUAUCAGCCCUCCUGAGUCCAUCAGUCUGUCACGUGAAGAAUCUUACCUCAGUUUAGAACCUUUGUAUUUCAACUCCAUCUCCAGAAGCAGCAGUGAGAGGAGUGGGACUGGGGCAAGGGACAUCCUCAUAUCUCCAAUGGGGGAAGCUACCGAAUUUUUACCCAUUAAAGUUAUUGCCCCUGAAAUGCAAGCUGACAUCCAGGAAUUGUUGACGCCAAUUUUUGAGGAUUAUCAUAGAGUUAUGGGAGUGAAGCUGAUAUCGAGCGUGGAAGGGCUUACAGAAAAAUUAGGCACGAAAAUUGUGGAAAUCUCUCAGCAGUUGAUGUUGGAACGAAGAGCCAAAAAAAAGAGCAUGAACUCUUACAACAAGAUGGCGGAAGCAGAGAACAAAAAAGAUGUGAAAGAUCUCGCGUCGAAACUGGUGAAUGAAAUCGAGGGGAGCGAUAAGAAGAUUAUAUACUUAAAAAACGUUCAACGACAGUUGAGGAAUGUGUACGCUGAACGCUUUGGGCUUGACACCUCUUUGCUGUAUUCUUUUCUUGUCAGUUACAACACUUCCUGCGUGACGUUGGUAUCGGAGUUGAACAACAGCUUUUUAAACUUUUCCCCGAUUUGGAAUCAGAGGGGAAGCGAAAGUGUAGAGAUUCUGGACGAAUCCCUCAGUGGACCAUCGCUUCAAUCAGGCACCAAACUGGGUUUAUUCUCUUACCUCUUUGACAGACAUGCUAUGAGUCAGGCGUAUGUGCGAUAUUUUCUGUACACGUUUCGUUACAUUGCUACUGCACAAGAACUAUUCAACUUCAUAAGAGAAAAGUGUUCAGCGUCACUCAGAACGGAUUCUUCAGGUCAAGUGUACAACCAUCAGCUGCAAAUUCGAUACCGUGGCUUGGACUUACUGUCUGAAUGGAUAGACAGCUUUUAUCAGUUUGAUUUCAAAACGAAUCCCAACCUCAUAAAGGAGCUGCUUGCCUUUGUUAAGGACGAGUUAAUCCUCGUGGACAGAAGUGAAAGAGGUCAUUACUUGAUGGAGCUAAUUUCAGAGAAACAAAAGAGAGAUUUGAAUAACAAUUUAUCAUCAGACGAACUUAGUGAUUUCGUGGCAGUACUUCAGCUUGAAGAACCUCAAGGUCUAAGCCCUGUGGAUGUUCUGAGAAAGCCAUUGGGUAGCCGCAAAGCUAAAUCUCCAGUUCAGUGCUUCAGAAGAGCCCCACCUGAGAAGGACACUACAUACAAAGCAACUCUGUACCUCAAGGCUCUUUCCAUAUUAGACCACUCUUCACGAAUCCUCGCAGAGCAGCUCACACUGAUACAGCAGGAUUUGUUUUUCCAUAUUCACCCAGUGCAUUUCUUAAACUCGCGUGCGCACGGUAUCGGUGUUGGUAGGCAUCAAUCCCCUACCAAAGAACGCGAUAACAUGUUUGGCUUUAGCACCGGAAGUCGACGUGCCUCAGAGAUGUCAAGUUUGGGGGAAGGGCUCGUUUCACGAGAACAAAAUAUGUACGUUAGUGAACCCAGUACAGAUGGCCUACUAGAGGACCUCUUGGAGCACGCGCACGAUGUGUCCUUGUGGGUGGCAGUGGAGAUAUGUAGUGCGUCCUCCAUAAAGGCUCAACUCGCCCUGAUAACUAAAUUCGUGAAUGCAGCUCGGUACUGUUGUGAGAUUCGUAACUACAGUACCUGUAUUCAGAUCGUCGACGCUCUGGAGAUGUUUGUGAUCCGUCAGUUACCGGUCUGGAGACAAGUCCCGACAAAGACGACUGAGACACUUGAAGAACUCAAGGCUGUUAAGGUUUUGUUGAAGACAGAUAGCUCUUGGUUAAUGAAGAGUGAAGCGUCACGUGAGAAGCCCACAAUUCCUUGCUUCCUUUUGUUCGUGAUUCACGUGCAACAGCAGGAACUGGGAGGGUUUACUUUACCAAACGACAUGUACAAAUGGACUAAAAUGAGGUCAACUGCCCGAUUAGUGGACCAGAUUCGAUUAUUCAAACAGAUGCGUUACGCCUUCCAAACCAAUGAUGAAGUGAAAGAGAGACUCAAACAGCGUAUACAGGAGUGUAAAAGUGAAAACCUUCAUGCCCUUGCUUCUGAAAACGCCAGCAACUUUCACCUAUCUUCCUCACAAGGUUCCAGAAAAUUCCACGAUGCCUUUAGGAAGAUGAAAGCUACCUUUGGUGGUCAUAACUGAAGAUGUCUUCAACACAGUCAUCUAGCUGUCACGAUUAGGUGUCUUUUCAUAUCAGGCGUUAUUUUUUUUCGUGGGCUAGUUCUGAAAAAUCACAACAGCCUCCGAAUUUGAUAACUGAGAGGGUGGGGGGGGGGACAGAUACUAUGCUUUCACAUGCGCUUACACAGAUUUCGGUCCGUCUCAGGCAAUAAGUGUAGUGGGCAUAUUUAUUUAAAGCUGAGAGCCUGCUAAUUGGUUUUCUUGAUUUGCAGAAAGUGUUGUUUUAUACCAAUGAGUAACUUAUUUUUAUUUCACCAAAUGGUCAAAAUUCGCGUCUUGGAGAUUGUAUAUUUGUAGAAAUAGGAUCUUUUUGUAUUAUAUUUUAUUUAGAGUUGUCUGAUGAAAAUGCAAACUCGGAAACACUUCGAGCUAUAUUUUAUUAUUUCAGAUUAGUCUAUUUAAUGCUUAUGACUACUGUCGGUUUCUCCGAUAACACAGGAUAUUAAAAAAAUUAUGUCAAUAAGGAGAAAAUGAAAAAUUAAAGAAAUGAGGUUUCACUUUGA